AUGCGUAAUGUUAAAAAUACUGAACAACUUAUUCCUGUGUUUGCUAACCAACUCCAAUUUGUUCGUAUAUUUCGACAAGUUUUACAAGAAAAACAUCUUGAAGUUCAAGAACGUAAAUUAAUAAUAUUAAUUGCUACGGAUGGUAUACCAACAAAUAAUAGUGGACAACAAGAUAUAAAAACAUUCGAACAUGCACUACGUCAUGAACGUAAUCCAAUUAAUCGCAUUCCAGUUGUAAUUAUUGCUUGUACAGAUGAUACUGAAUUUAUUGGAUAA